CACAGAGAGAGAAAGAGACCAGGGUUUCCUCUUUCUCCCACUAUUCCAUUGCAUUCUUAGUUCUGCACCGCUCGGCGACAGGUUGCUUUAGCGUUUCUCGUCUGCAAUAUUAAAAAGAAACCCACGCACAGCAACAAUACCACCCAACCGCACAGUUUUUGCAGUUUCUCUACGAGAUCUUUCCCAUUUCGACUAGUGGAGAAAGACAAAAAAAGUGUACGCCGAGUGUUUUUGCAGUUUUUUUUAGUGCAUCGUCAGUGGCAAACUUUCGUUCUAUUCAACAAUACAGAACAACUACGUUGGAAUUUGGUCGCUGUAGCCGCGUGAGUCACGCAGCUGCUGAUCAGAGAAUGCCACGGCGAUUGUGACCUCGUCAGGAGAGAAAAAAGCAAAACAAAAGAAACGUUGCCAUGAAGACGACGGUCGUGAUGCGGAUUGAAUUGAUUGUUGUCCUCGUUGGCCUCGUCUGUUGGAUGACGGCUGCUAGCCAGGAGAUUCAGCCAGAUGAGAUUACCACGGAAUGGAUCACCACAGAUGCUCCAGUCACGCUAGUGCCGGCCUUGGAAGCCACCACGGUCCGUUCAGUCGAUAAGGAAAUAACAGCCCUCCCGCCGAACGAUUUACGGGCAAGAAUUCUUCUCAAUUCGGAUUUUGAAGACGAUCCAACGCAGCUUAUCGCCUCGCAAACGGGUAGCCAAUCAGCAGGCUCUACGUUGGACAAUAGCCUACGGUCUAGCAAUAAUAAUGAUUGGACGCCAAUAGUUUGGGCCUCCACUCGUCUUGUGUCACCACCUUUGCCGCAAUCGAAUUUCCCUCAAGCGACUCCCUUUCCGUCUCCAGUUUCUGUCCGACCACCACCACCUGGACCUUCGACACUUGUCAUUCGACCAACACCAUUACUGCGACCUCUUCCGACUAUUUUGGCCACUCAAUCCCGGACUGCAACAACCAGCACGGAACGAACGAUAUCUAGCAGUAUCCGGGUACCAUCUACGGAAACGCCGACGGCCACACUACCUCCUGUUUCAUCUCGGCCGGCUGUCGUUCGUUUUGAUCUGGACGAUGCUAGUUCUGGUCCUACGUUUACAAUCAUAGCUGAUCCACAAGCUAAUGAUUCUGUUGUCGCUUCAUCCGUUCCCGUUCCAGCAGAAAUUACACCCAUAUCGUCAAGUCCGGUUCCAAGCGAAGUUACUACAUCCAUAGGAUCAAUUCCAGUUCUUAGCACGAUGCCAGUCAUAGUGCCAACGGUUGCUCCAGUUGCAGCCACAGAUCAAGUUCCGAGUGAAAUUCCAGAAACAGGACACGUUUCGGUUACAAGUGAAACUCCAGCCACAGGAUCUGUCCCAGUCUUGGUCAAUCAAACACAACAACUAAACGAUAACCCUCUUUUAGUUGAUAACAGUUCUCUUGUUCUUCCGAUUGUAAAUUCGGAAGAUGUCGCUCAUAAUGCAACAAUAGAACUGACUGGCCAACUGGAUGGAGUAGAAGAAACCUUCAACGCUACAGAAAACUCGUUUGCAAAUGAAACGUUUCCAAUGAUCAAUGAAACGUCUACCGUUAUACCUAUCGAUAUGAAUUCUACAGAUAUCGAGGUGGAAGACAAUGUUGUGUUGACAUCAUCGAGCGAUGAUGGAAUGGCCAAUAGUAGUUUAAUCACGCAACCGUCUAACGUACUAAUAGCGGGAGACGAAGAAACGAGCCAGCUGGAAGAUGUUCUUACAACACCGGUAGAAGAGAGUCCAGUAACAACGGACUUGUCCACUGUUUUGAGCUCGAGUAACCAAUCGUCUCCUACGAUCAAUGUUCCUUCGAAUUCUUCUGUAACUGAUGAAGCAAACGUCGCCGUUUUGUCUACAACAGAAAGCAAUGUGCCAUCAACUAGUUUACGAGCGGCAAUCAUGGCGGUUAGUACGAGUGAUCCAGUGACCACAGUUACCUGGCAGCCGGAGGAAUCGACUGACCAAGAAAGAAACAUCGAUAACGGGAAAGGUAAUCGAGAAGAAUCAGGUCGUUCUACUACCCUUUCGGCUGGGCUAGCCACAUUAUUUCCCGCAUUAACGCGACCACCCAGUACGACCGUAUUGCCGACGGAGACCAGCAAACCAAUCACGACGUCGGCACCGUCGACGACGCUAAAAACAACAACGGCUAGCGCUGUUGUGUUCACGUCAUCCGGUUGGUCACUGCAGCCAGCGCCACCUACGCCAUCCGCCCCACACGAUGUUAACCCACUAGCUGGUUGGCCAACAACACCCAAUGUACCUGUAACUUUCCACGAACCAUCUGUGCCGCCGUUUUACGAUCCAACUUCAACGGAAUACUAUCCCUAUGAUGAAUGGCCUAGCACAGAGGGUUCGCAAAGUGGCGAUGAGGAUUCUACUACUACAACUAUUGUAGCUGUUUCCGUCAGCAUUGCAGCCAUUCUCUGCCUGGCAAUUGCUAUUCUUCUUCUGUUGGUGUUCCGUCGGCGUCGUGCAAGAGCCGUGCAGGGAACGUGCCAGCCUGCACGGAUGGAUGCCUACAGUUUGGAUAAUGUCAGCCAAUCCAAUACGUGGCAGCGGGGCAAAGUUCGCAACAGUUUGCGGGCUUCGAAACGAUCGUAUUGUAAUCAGGCCUUCGACGACUCGACGGUGUUUUCGGUGCCUCUAACGGCAGCUCAACUGGCUUUGUAUAUGGAGAAACCUAUUACAAGCAUUGAGGCUGAGUUUCGUAACAUUGCCACGUCUACUGUGCGCAUCGAUGAACUGCCUGUAGGCGUCGAAACCAAAAAUCGUUAUGCUAAUGUUUUACCUGUUCCCGAGACGCGUGUUCAUAUUCGUGUCCAAGACAAUCAGCCAGCAGAUACCAUUGAACAGUAUAUCAAUGCCAAUUAUAUAAAGGGGCCGAAAGAAGAGCCUAAUUUUUAUAUUGGUUGCCAAGGACCUAUGGAGGAAACAGUCGAAGAUUUUUGGCAGAUGAUUUGGGAGAAUCAGUGCAAGAUAAUAGUUCAAUUGACGGACUUGUCUGAGAAUGGUGUCUCUCGCUGCGCAGAGUAUCUUCCUCCAUCCGAAGUUUUAGAUUGUCAUCGCCUUUACGGUGACUAUCAAGUUACUCUCAAAUCGAGAGAAUUACGCGAUAAUUAUGUCACUUCUCACAUCCAACUGAAGCGAAUGGAAGACAACCUAGUGCGCGAAAUCACGCAUUUGUGGUACAGUUCUUGGCCAGCUACAGGUGUUCCAGAAGACGGUAAAACUAUCGUUUCACUGUUGCUGGAAGCUCGUAAAGGACAGUCCAAGGAGCAAAGAGCUCCUAUGGUGGUCCAUUGUAGCCCAGGAACAGGAAGGACAGGUGCUGUUUUGGCCAUCGAUGUCUGCAUGAGACAUCUUGAUUCGAGCCGAAGUAUCGAUAUCCCACGGUCCGUCCAUCGUCUUCGACAGGACAGGGCCGGUUGUGUACAAACUGGGGAACAGUACGCUUUCAUAUACAAAUCGGUGAAUUACUACGCCUCCCAGUUAAGCAAUGCUGCCUUGGAUUCGCUGUAAAACAGCAAGUGAGAUCGCAAGCACCUGUUGCCUGCGUUGACAUGAAACGGGCAAUGCACUCACGAUUCUGUAUAUCCAUGACCACUGUGAAAGGGAGGAGAAAAAAAAUGAUCUUGUCUCUAAUUCUUUGUUUUUUUGCUGUUAUCAUGUUUCACGUUUUUCCCUCCACUUCCUCCAUCAACACCGCUUGAAAUGUAAAUGCGGAGGCUAAAUAUUCACGGACAAAG